CCAGCAUAGUGGUCGAGACCCGUUAUAAAUGGAUAUGAUCGAAUCGGGUGGUCGGGUCGAUCCGAUCCAUUGACAGGCCUGGAUCCGACGGCAUUCGAGGCGCGGAUCUUCUCCAACAAAUCAAAAUGCUUCUCGCUUCUUGAAAUGCUCUCUCUCUCUCCUGCAUACAUUCUCAGGUCUCUCAGAUCCCAUUUUCACCGUCUCGAAUCCGAAGAUGUAUAUGACCUACGGAUGGCCUCAGGUCAUCCCUCUCCAGCCCUGCACCUGCCCUUCAUCCGAGCAGAUCAUCUACCUUAAGCUCAUCAACCGCCUCCUACUCGUUGUGGGUCCCACUCACCUCGAGCUGUGGUGCUCCUCUCAGCAUAAGGUGAGAUUGGGAAAGUAUAUGAGAGAUGCGGAUUCGGUCCAGAGAGAAGGGGAGUAUUUGCAGGCGAUUUGGAGCCCCGAUACGAAGCUGGUCGCUGUUCUUACAUCGUCAUUCUUUCUUCACAUUUUUAGGGUCCAGAUUACAGACAAAAAAUUGCUAGUUGGAGGGAAGCAGCCUUCUGGGUUAUUUCUCUCAUCUAUAUCUCUGGUUCUCAGUGAGAAGGCACCCUUUUCAGAUAGGAACUUGGCUGUGAGCAAUUUUGUGUGCGACAACAAAUACAUUCUACUUGGACUUUCUAAUGGGUUUUUGCAUCUUGUGUCAUGGAAAGGAGAGUUCGGUGGCUCCUUUGAACUUGAUGGUCACCCUCGGGGCACCAAUGGGACAACUGAACCCAUGCGUUCUUUGGACAAUGGGUCUUCUGCUUCUGAAGGAGCAUUAAGAGUUCCAACAUCCAGCCAUAGUUCUGCUGGUGGUUCUGCUAUUAUACAGCUUGAACUGUCAUUGCCAUUGAAGUUACUAGUUGUUUUGUUUUCCAAUGGUCAAGUUGCAUUAUGUUCGAUAAGUAAGAAAGGUUUAAAGCAAAAGGAUUCAAUUAAUGCUGAAAGAUGGUUGAAUUCUGGUGAUGCUGUGUGUGCUUCAGUAGCUUCAGACCAACAAAUCCUUGCAGUUGGUUGUAGAAGAGGGAUUGUUGAAUUAUAUGACCUGGCAGAGAAUGCAUCACUUCUUCGCACUGUAUCUUUGUAUGACUGGGGGUACUCCACGGAGGAUACUGGUUCUGUAAGUUGUAUAGCCUGGGCACCUGAUAAUACUGCUUUUGCUGUUGGGUGGAAGUUUAGAGGUCUUACUGUUUGGUCUGUAUCUGGUUGCCGCUUAAUGUGCACAAUUCGUCAAAUUGGAAUAAGUUCCGUCUCUUCUCCAAUGGUGAAACUGAAUCACAACUUUAAGUAUGAGCCUUUGAUGGGCGGCACCGCAUUGGUGCAGUGGGAUGAAUAUGGAUACAGGCUCUACGCUGUUGAGGAAAGGUCUUCAGAUAGGCUUCUUGCAUUUUCUUUUGGCAAAUGCUGUCUUAACAGAGGCAUUUCAGGCACAACAUAUGUUCGUCAAGUGAUUUAUGGUGAAGACCGAGUGCUUGUGGUGCAAUCCGAAGAUACAGAUGAGCUUGAAAUAUUACAUCUUAACCUUCCAGUAUCUUAUAUUUCUCAGAAUUGGCCAGUUUUACAUGUGGCGGCUAGCAAAGAUGGUAUAUACUUGGCAGUUGCAGGUCUCCAUGGGUUGAUCUUGUAUGACAUACGGAAUAAAAAGUGGCGCGUAUUUGGAGAUAUUACCCAAGAACAAAAAAUUGAAUGCAAAGGCUUGUUAUGGUUAGGGAAAAUUGUUGUUGUUUGUAACUAUGUGGAUUCGUCCAACACGUACGAAUUGCUCUUUUAUCCAAGAUAUCAUCUUGAUCAGAGCUCGUUACUUUGUCGGAAACCGUUGCUUGGCAAGCCAAUGGUAAUGGACGUGUUUCAAGAUUAUAUACUUGUUACGUAUUGUCCAUUUGAUGUUCACAUAUUCCAUGUUAAAAUCUCUGGUGAAUUGUCACCUUUGAGUAAUCCGGUUUUACAGCUUUCUACAGUACGAGAGCUUUCAAUCAUGACCGCAAAGAACCAUCCUGCAGCAAUGCGUUUCAUCCCUGAUCCGCUGCCAAGAGAAGGUAUCUCAGAGAACCGUUUUGCAUCUACUUCAGGUUCCUCAUUUGGACAACCUGCUAGAUGUUUAAUAUUGCGGACAAAUGGCGAGCUUUCAUUACUUGAUUUGGAUGAUGGACAUGAGCGAGAGCUUGCUGACUCAGUUGAACUCUUUUGGGUUACUUGUGGAGAAUCAGAGGAGAAGGCAAAUCUAAUUGAGGAAGUUUCGUGGUUAGAUUAUGGUCACCGAGGAAUGCAGGUCUGGUAUCCAUCUCCUGGAGUUGACCCCUUUAAGCAGGAGGAUUUCUUGCAGUUGGAUCCUGAGCUGGAAUUUGACCGUGAGGUUUAUCCCCUAGGGCUUCUCCCAUAUGCUGGGGUUGUAGUUGGUGUCUCCCAGAGAAUGUCAUUUUCAUCAUGCACAGAGUUUCCGUGCUUUGAGCCUUCUCCUCAAGCUCAAACAAUAUUACAUUGUUUAUUACGACAUCUUCUUCAGCGGAACAAAAGUGAGGAAGCUUUACGGUUAGCACACUUAUCUGCAGAAAAGCCUCAUUUUUCCCACUGUUUGGAGUGGCUCCUUUUCACCGUAUUUGAUGCUGAAAUAUCCAGGCAAAAUGCAAACAAGAACCAGGCUUCAAUUCCAGAAGAGUCUGCAAAUAUCUCUCUUUUGGAGAAAACCUGUGAUUUAAUCAGAAAUUUUCCUGAAUACCUUGAUGUAGUCGUAAGUGUUGCGAGGAAAACUGAUGGGCGACAUUGGGCGGAUUUGUUCUCCGCUGCUGGAAGAUCAACAGAGUUGUUCGAAGAGUGCUUCCAACGAAGAUGGUACCAGACUGCUGCUUGCUAUAUACUAGUGAUUGCUAAACUUGAAGGUCCUGCUGUGAGUCAGUACUGUGCUUUGCGGUUAUUACAGGCAACACUUGAUGAAUCUUUAUAUGAGCUUGCUGGAGAGCUGGUGAGGUUCUUGCUUAGAUCUGGAAGAGAUUAUGAACAUGCUAGUGCAGAGGCUGAUAAAAUGUCUCCAAGAUUAUUGGGGUAUUUCCUUUUCCGCUCUAGUUUCAAGCGGCAGCCUUCUGACUCGAAAAGUACUACAGUCAAAGAGCAGAGCGCGCAUGUUGCUUCUGUUAAGAACAUUCUGGAAAGCCAUGCUAGCUAUUUGAUGUCAGGAAAGGAACUUUCCAAGCUUGUGGCAUUUGUAAAGGGAACUCAAUUUGAUCUAGUGGAGUAUCUUCAGCGAGAAAAAUCUGGAUCUGCUCGCUUAGAGAAUUUUGCAUCUGGGCUUGAACUAAUUGGGCAAAAGCUUCAAAUGGGUACUUUACAAAGUCGCUUGGAUGCUGAAUUUUUGUUGGCACAUAUGUGUGCGGUCAAGUUUAAAGAAUGGAUUGUGGUCCUGGCUACUCUUUUAAGGCGUGCAGAGGUCUUGUUUGAUCUAUUCCGACAUGAUAUGAGGUUGUGGAAAGCAUAUAGCAUGACUCUCCUGUCACAGCCUGCUUUUGUUGAAUACUAUGAUCUGCUGAAAAUCUUGGAAGAGCAGCUUUCUUCUAUUCCUAAUUCAGAGUAGAAAUGAAGGGGCAUUGAACAUCUCAUGGUAAAUGGAAUUGUAAGCUCUCUCAGCGUUGUAAUUAUAAAGAUACCGUCAUUGAUUAAUGAAAAGGGUUUUCAAAAGGGAUUGCAGAUCCUUUUACAAGAAAAAACCAUUGCACAGAUCCAUAGCACACAGGAUUUCAUCCUUGGAGGUCAGAAAUUGCCGCUACUGUUAUUUUUGCUGCAAUUUGCAAUGUGAGGUUGCCAAAGUGGUGAAUAUUGAGAUGAGAUAUUGUGCAACCUGGAUGCUAGAAUUUCUAGCUGUUUGCAUGGGCUUUCAGUUUGCACAACUGCCCAUUGUUCAGAAAUCCAUACCAUUGAUAAGAACCCUCACCUUGAAGACACAGUAUAUACAUGUCUCCGAGUCUGGAUGAUCCUAGCCCAUUAAUCAUUUGUCCUUUUCAGUUGAAUACAUACUUUAGUGGUGCUUUCUCCAAUUGAAGGCUAGAAUUUUAUUAUCCAGGAGAUUUUUAGUGAAUGGGCAGUCUUUGACAAGUUUCAUUAUGUCAAAGGUUGGAUCACUUAGCCAUGGGCUCCACUUGUAUACAAACUGAAAACCCAAAGCAAACUGUGCACAAUCUAGGGUCCAUCACCAUAUACUCUAUGGAGAUUUAAAAUUUUUGAAAAGCCUUCUUUUUUUUUGCCCAAAGGGGAGACUACACAGGAAUUAGCCCACGUGUGUCCAAUGCAACCUGGCACCUGUAUGUUAUUGUAACCUUGCAUCAGGUGGGGACGUGUAGAUCAUGUGGCCAAAAAAGAAGGCACUUUCUCCAGGCUUGGGACCAGCAAUGAGAGCACAAAACUCCUACAGGUGCUAUGUAAUAGGCUAUUACUAAUAAAAACGCCAUUCUUUUUUCAAUAUAAUGGUUUUACAUUGGGGGUUUAGCAGCAUAGAUUUGGAUUCUGACACAGGUAUCCGAAUCCUGGAAUACUCAAACCUGGAUAUUGCAUUCUUUCUAUUGCAUUUCGCAUAAUGUAUUGUCAA